AUGGCACUGCUGGAGAUCCUGAAGACUGUAGCCUGGAGCUUAUUACUUGCAAUCAGUGUCUGGUUGCUGCACUCUGUGCUGUAUAAUAUUAUCUUCCAUCCUCUCCGGAAGUUUCCAGGGCCUAGGUUGGCUGCUAUUUCAAAUCUUCCCUUCGUAUACUGGUCUUUCAAAGGAGUUCUUCAUUCUAGGAUCAAGGAGCUCCAUGACCAGUAUGGCGAUGUGGUGCGUAUCAAACCGAACGCGCUUGACUACAGGACUCCGGGGGCGCUGAAGGAUAUCUACGGACACCGGAAACAGGGGACAGGCACUUUUAUCAAAGACCCGGGCUUCUAUACCGAGUCAACCACUGGGCCGCAUAUUCUCGUUGCGAGCGAGGCCGACCACCCGCGCAUGCGACGGCUCUUAUUGCACGGAUUUUCAGAAAAGGCAAUGCGGGAGCAAGAAUCUAUUGUUCAAGAAUAUGUGGAUCUUCUCAUCAAGAAGCUCCAGGGGGAAGUGGCUUCCUCUCGUGAUACAGUGGACAUGACACGAUGGUACAACUAUACCACGUUCGAUCUGAUCGGAGACCUGGCGUUCGGCGAGCCGUUCGACUGUCUCAAAGAGAACAGAUACGAUGAAUGGGUCGCUCUGACCUUCAAGUCUGCUUUAGUGGGCACCUACAUGCGAACCAUUCACGUGUAUCCUUGGCUAGCUUUCCUGAUCAUAAAGGUGAUGAUGAAGCAUCUGAUGAAUCCGCGCAUCAAAUAUUUCCAAAAAAGCAAAGAGAAGGUGCAGCGUCGUAUUCACACCCAAACAGAUCGGCCAGACUUUUGGUCCUAUGUCCUCCGAUAUAACGAUGAGAGGGGGUUGAGAGAGAACGAGAUAGAAGGCAACGCAGGCAUGCUAAUUAUUGCAGGAAGCGAAACAACUGCUACCCUCCUCUCGGGUUGCACAUUCUAUCUUCUGAAGAACCCUGACGUGCUUCAAAAAUUGGUCGAGGAGAUCCGGGGGGCUUUCAAGUCGAUGGAUGAGAUCACCUUCCUCGCAGUCUCCCACUUAAAGUACACACACGCUGUACUCGAAGAGUCCCUUCGACUAUACCCCCCCGUUCCUGGAAUCCUUCCAAGAUGUGUGCCCGAAGGCGGAGCGUUUAUUGACGGCACCUUUAUUCCUCAAGGCACCUCUGUCUCAGUUGCUCACUAUUCGACCUACCACUCCAGCUCCAACUUUGCAGAUCCUGACUCGUUCAUCCCUGAGCGUUGGCUUGACAAUCCAGAUGCCAGGUUCUCUGCCGAUAAACGAGAUGUUCUCCAGCCAUUCUCGUAUGGCCCCCGGAACUGCCUCGGCAAAAACCUCGCCUACGCUGAGAUGAGGGUUAUCCUUGCCAAGGUCCUGUGGAAUUUCGAUCUCAGUCUCCAGCCCGAAUGUGCAAACUGGAACCAACAGCUUUCGUUUACCUUUUGGAGCAAGGGCCCAUUGAUGGUGAAGCUGAAACCACGGUAUUAG